GGUCAGGAUGCUAAAAUAUGUUUCGGAACAAUAGUUCAAGUUAAUUCGAAUCAUACUCAUUGACGCCAUCCCAGUCACAAUGGAUUGGUUAUGGCGCAGUUGCCAUAAAAUGAAACUCAACAUAUUUUUCUUUAUUAUAUUUUGUUUUCACAAAUGUCUGUCGAAAACAGAAGUUCAAAUUGCCUCCAUACUCCCUCGGAACAAUACUUUUUUAUUUUCCAUUGACCGAAUGAAACCAGCCUUAGAACUGGGCAUCGAAGCGCUGAUGCGGGAUACAUAUCUAAAAAAGCAUUUUAACUUUACCGUGAUAUUUGCUGACUCAGGCUGUUCUAUUGCCACAGCAAUGAAUCAAGCGAUAGACAUGUACAUGAACAGAUCUGUAAAUGUCUUCUUUGGCCCUGCUUGUAAUUAUGCAGUUGCACCAAUUGCUCGCCAAGUAAAAUUCUGGAAUACACCCCUAGUAAGUAUUGGUGCUACGGCCAGGGAUUUUUCCGAGUCCAGAGAAACAUUAUACCCCUUACUCACCCGGGUCGGUCCCGCUAACUUGAAUUAUCUUCCCAGCUUCAUUGCAUACACCAUGGAUUACUAUAAAUGGAAAAAGUUAAAGUUGCUUUAUUAUCGGGAUGGUUUCGAUUCAAUUUCUACACAAUUUUGUAAGUUAGUUACGGAAACUCUUCACUACGAAAUAAAAGAAUUUGUUAACGACACAAAAACGGAUCAUUACAAAAUGGACAACAAAAAUAUUUCGGAAACACUCAGGAGUGAAAUUGGAAACGAAUACGCAGCUUCCCGUUAUAUAUAUCUAUUUAAAUGCCUUCUUGAGUGUCAGAACCAUACUUUUUCCGAUAAGUUUAGUAACUCUAUUUGGCUGGCCUAUUUCCCAUAUUCAGUUGAUGUCUGG